AUGGAGGAGGAACGCUCAGAGGGCGCCGCGCAGACUCAGCCAGUAAUUCCACAUCAAACCCUUGGGUCAGAAUCACAAGACGCCAUGUCAAACAUUGGGGUCCAGGCAGUAUCGAUCCUCCAGCAAGUCGCACAAGAAGCCUCAAAAGCUGCGGAACAGCCCAACGGCUUCAAUAUCUAUGAGGAGGAGAAUGAAUCACAGAAUCCCUCAGCAAAUUCUGUAAGGAACAUACCAGAACAGGGCCUACAGCGCCUUCCGGACGACUAUUCAACGAUCUCCGCUUCUUUGGAAACGCCUACAGCCUCUCUCGCAGCGAUUGCAGGUGACACAGCUACUGAGGGCGAUGUUGGUUACAGCAUAGUCCCAUUCCCAGAUCUCGAAGAAGGACAGCAGGCUCUUGACGACAACCCACUGUCCUGGGUGGGUGCUACAAUCGGUGGUGGAUCCUUUGGGGGUUCUCAGCAAAAUGAGGCUUCAUCUGGUGUAGAAACAGAACAGCACCAGAUACAGGCUUUUGCGAAGCUCGAAUUUGACGAUGGGGAGUUCUACAUGAACACAUAUGCGGUAGAGAUUGGGAGAGAUGUACAUGCGGCUCGCCAGGCAGCUGAUCUCCAGGCUCGUCAGGACACGGAAACAAAGUCUAGGAAACGAAGUGCAAGCGCGGGUGGUUCCAUCACGUCAAGCAAGGUCAGCCAUAGAAAUGGCCAGAACAUAGCAAGUAGCGCCCCCAGUGAGAGUGGGGGUGUCAUAGCUGUCGAUCAUUACGAGAGUGAGCCUACGAGGAAGCCAAGGUCAAGAAAGCCCAAAUCCUCGAGCUCGUCAUCGCAGCAGCUGUCUCGAAAGUCCUCGAUGCUACUUUCCAACGGUAAGACGGACUACACUGCUCUUGCCAUGGCUUCGCUCAUGGGCCAUGACUCGGAAGCCAGUGGCUUCGGCCCCAAUAGCCCAUUGCCGGCUCCGGAAUUGGUGCCCCUGGUACCAGUACACCCGCCAGCUUUACCAGAGGGAGCCCCUAGCGGCGGUAAAAGUAUAUCAAGGAAACACAUUAGGAUAGCCUACAACUUUGAAGAGAAUGUUUUCGAGGUCAAAAUCUUGGGCCGGAAUGGAGGUUUUGUUGAUGACGAGUGGUACGCUCAAGGGGAUGUCCAGACUCUUAUGAAUGGAAGCAUCAUCCAGAUUGGCGGAGUGGGAAUACGCUUCGUGCUGCCUGAUGUCGCCCCUGGUGAAACUGGUGCUGAAAUAGGUCUGAGAUCGGAUCCGAUGUCUGGUGGAGAAAUGAGCUUCGAUAUGGCAGAGAGCAUUGAGGAUGAGAGUGAUGUUGAUCUUGACGAGGACGAAGAGCGCGGCCGUACGAGGAACAUCAAAAAUGAGGAAGAAGAGGAGGAGGAGGAGGAGGAAGAGGAAGAUGAAGAGGAGCCAGAGGUGGUAAGAAUAAGAGCCAAGGGUAAAAAGAAGUCUGAACCCGAACCAAUGCCUGUGACGAAGCGCAAAGGUCCAGGCCGGCCGCCGAAGAACGGCAUCAUUUCAAAAAGAGAGCAGGCAUUGUUGGCAAGACAGGCUCGGGAGGAUGCCAAAGUUGUGGCAGAUCGGGGUUCUGGAGCUCUACCUAAUCGCGGUAAAGUAAAGGGUGGCAAAGAUACUAAGGCCGUCAAGAAAGAAGAACCCUUACUGCAAGCAAACGGGAAGAGGAAAUAUACCAAACGAAAAAGAGCUGGAGGCACCGAUGACCAACGAGGGGUUCGUGAAAGCACUGAGCAAACAGACUCGGUCCCACCAGAGCAAUCCAUCGCUGCAGUUUUACCCCCAAAACCUGCGAAAGAGAAGAAACCACCUAAGCCUCCAAGGUCCCCGUCUCCUGUCUUUGAUGAGGCCACAUUGACUCCAGAACAGCUCACCAAGCCAACACAGAACUACAUUGUUCUGAUUCAUGAAGCCCUCUCGAACUCUGAGACUGGCGCCAUGGCGCUGCCCCAGAUCUAUCGAGCCAUGCAAAGAAGAUACCCGUAUUUCAAACUUCGUGCAACGACACUAGGAUGGCAAAGUAGUGUUCGCCACAAUCUCUCCCAGAACGCUGCUUUCCGUAAAAUUGAGCGGGAUGGCAAAGGUUGGAUGUGGGGCUUGGUCCCCGGUGUUUCCAUUGAGAGGGAGAAGAAAAGGAGGGCGACGCCGCCUCCAGUGUCACAGCAGCCUUACUACCCUCCAGGUCCGCCACCGAUGCAGUAUCCCUAUUCGUAUCCAAGCAUGCCACCUCCGAAUGGGCGUGUGCCGCCAAAUCCUUACGGUAUGCCUCCUGGCAUUCCACCCGCCCAUAUGCCUCAUGGACUACCUCCUCAAGGGCCGCAUGGCUUUCCAUUACCUCUGGUCAAUGCGCAGAGCGAGUCGACUUACCAAUCACCAUAUGGAUCUAAUCCGUCAUCUCAACUAUCAUCAGCGCCCGCUCCUCAAACGCAACAAGACUCUAAUACUAAUGGCGCCAACGGUCACUACCCUAACCCCACAUCGCAGCCUCGGGUGCAGGCACCUGACAAGGAUCAUGAGACAUUUGGACCGGCGCCAAGUCCUUCGUACGCUCCCAACCAGCCGAAAACUGGAGCCUUGACUGGCUCAUUGGGCGAGUCAAAUAGCAAUGCACAUGGCCAAGACGUUUUUCAAGCCGUCGCCAGAUACAAGAGCGACUUCAUCGACGGGAUGCCAGACAAGGCCAAAGCAGAAUUUCUCGUCACGUCAGCCAUUAACCGCACCCUCGGUAUCUCAAACCCAAAGGAUACUACUGCAGACGAAGCAGAAGAUCCGCAGGUGAAGGCAAUCAUGAGCGAGAUUGCGACAGUCUUGAGUGAUCUCAGCAAGAAACGUAUGGAGACUCAACGUCGAGCUUCCGAUGCCAUUCCGCCACCUUCGAAACCGAGCCCUGCGCCUACUGACAAUGAUGCUGCUUCGUCACUUCCAGCAGCAGCUUCAAAGGCUGCGGAGGGUGCGGUGAAGAGUUCUUUCGCGAAUAGCGAUGCUUAUAGGCGGAAUAGUACUGUCGGAAAAGAAGCUGCUGAAGACAAGGGCAGCGGUAAACGGCCAUUCGAAAAUGGAGACCGCGAUGAAGUCACUGAUAAUGGUCAGCCAGAGGCAAAGAGGGUGGCUAUCGAAGCGUAG